AUGGCCCCAACCAAACCCAACAAAUCUCUCACCUUCCACCACCCCAAUACCUCCAAACCCGAGAAAAAAGAUAAACCCUUAAAACAAGUCUUCCGCGGCAAAGAAAUGGCCAUCUCGGGCUCGUUCACGAACGCGGGAAAAGCGGUGAGUGUGGAGAAGACCGCUAAGUGGAUUACGCUCCAUGGAGGGGUGUUUGUGAGUGAGGUUGGGAGCGAGACGACGCAUCUCAUUUGUGAUGUUGAGGAUUAUAAGAGGAAGAGGCCGCAGGGUGAGUCAUUUAAAGCCCCCUGAAACGGAUGUAUAUAGAGGCAGAUAGUAUGGAUUGGAGGGAUUGAAUGGAGCUUUUGCUGAUGGAUUUGGCGAUGUAGUCACAAAAGCCCGCGCCCUCGGUAAAAAAUGCAAAAUCGUCACCUUCGACUGGCUAGAAGAAUGUCUCCUACGAUCCAACAAGAGACUCGCGCCGACCUCCGAAUACACACUAGCAGCGACCAUCCAACGACUUCAGAAACGGAACUUAGCUGAGGCGAGACUCAAAAGGGAUUUUGCGAAUGGUGUGCUUUCUUCUGAAUCCUUUAUUGGUCAUCGUAUGUAGAAACUAUGCUAAUUCUUUCUUUUUUCGCUGGUGUUUGUAGAUGGGGACAAAGAUCCCGUUACUGAUGCGAGGAAAGGCUUGCAUCGGGUGUAUUUUGAUCAGACGGCUUUUGAGUAUAAAGUUGAGUUGAGGAGGACGGAUGUUGUGGGGGGGAGGACGAGGGUGGAGAGGUAUACUUUGUUUGUAAGUUUUAUACCCCCUUAGUUUUCUUGUCGAUACUGCAACAUAACAAAUCGAACUGACUAAGCCCCUCACAGCUCUUCCAAUCCAUCGCCCAACCAUACACCUACAUGACUGCCGCCCAACUCAACGAGACAACCAUCACCCCCAAUCCCUCCUCGCCCUCCAAUCUCACGAGCAAAGCAACCAAAACCCACCGUCCAACCUCCUACUUCCGAGAGUACUGCGCACCCAAGGAGUUCCACCAUGCCUUUGCGGAUUUCAAACACUUCUUCCAUGAGAAGACGGGUCUGGAAUGGGAUGAUAGAUUGGAAGAUGGUCUUAAGGGUCGCUUUCGGUAUGUGCUUCCUACUGAAGGUAGACCGUUGGGUGUUUUGCCUCCUGGACGGAAGAGGAGGGCUGUUUAUCCGGUGCUGGAGAGGGAGGAGGGGGGGAUGGAGUGGGAGAUUGUUAAUAGUGGAGGAAUUGAGGGGAGGAGUGAUGGGUUGGACCAUGAGAUUGAAGAGAUUGACCGCAUAGAUACAGAGAUGUCUGCUGAGAACGAAGCUCUCCAGCUCUAAUCAAAGAGCAAAAUAUGGGAGUUACCGAGAUGAUUGAUUUAACCGCAGAAGAAGAAGAAGAUAAUCCCGAACUUGCCCAGGAAAUCGAUACCAUUAAGAUUACCCAUACCACCGAACAUCCUAUCCAACACCAACAUGGGGAGAUGAACGAAAUGAUCGAUCUAACCACCGAAGACCACAAUCCCGAAACUACCCAGGGAACCGACACCACGGAUUCGGAUACCGAGCCAUUCUUCGACGCGCAAGAAUCCCAGUUUGCUAGCUAGCGGGGAGCUUGAAGAAAAUCAGGUGAUGAAUGAGAAGAAGGUGGUGGAUUUAAAUACCGAAGAUGAGAAUCCGGAAGAUACCCUGGAAAUGGAGGAUAUCAUGGAAUUGAGCUUGGGAGGGAUGUGA